CCGUCUUGAAAAAAAAAUUUAUGAUGGUAAUUACUUUAUUUAAAUUGAAAAUCAUCAUUAAUAAAUAAUCAGUUUGUGAAAGAAUGAACUGCAACAUGUGGAUUAUUCUUUUGUCGUUAUUUGUAUUCGCAAAAGAUAUUUCGGGAGAAGUCGACUGCAAUAAGCAUUUCUUUGAGAAUUGCCAACGACCAAAAUUGUUCGAAGAAAUUCCUAUAGAGGUGAAUGUAUUCAAGGCUUUAUGUCCAGAACUUUCAUCUUAUAUAAUAUGUCUCAGAGAUUAUGACAUGAAGUGCGAAGCAGAGGACAACCGGAUAUUUGCAAAUCCAGAAAGAUAUGUGAAACUCGUGGAUGUGUUCAAUGAAAUCUGUGAAGAGGGUUCAGUUUUGAAUGAAGUUGCGACGGGCAACCUAAAGUGUUUCAAUGAGACUUUCAGCCAUACCAACUGCGAACAGGAAAGAAAAACCUUUCUUGAACCAUAUGAAAAGGAAGUACCUCUGGACGAAUUCACAACAACUCAUGUUAUUCCCGAAAGAGUUCAUUGCUUGAGUGAAAUUCUUCUUGCCAACUGUCUUCUAGAGGACAUCACCAGAAACUGUGGUCUCAGAGCUCGGUAUGCGACAGUGGAGUAUCUUCAAAGGUCCUCUUUCGUGGAUGGUUCUUGUCCCUUAAGUUACCGCGAAUCACUUCUGCCUGCUCUUGAUGAGUUCAAUCUGACCGAAGAACAGAAGACAUUUGCAAUUGCUGAACUGGAGAGAAUGAGCCUCUCAGAUGACAAAUGAGGCAUUCAUGCUUGAUUUCUUGUAUCCUGAAAAUUAAGUCUGUGGGAUUGUUUCAUCUUCUUUGAUUAUGUAUUCUUCUCUGCAUUUUCCUUAAAAGUUUUUCAAAUAAAAUACUCAUUUCAAAAGA